CCCCCGAUCUGCACGACGUCGUCUCGCGGCGCCAGUCGUGUUGGGACGCUCUUGCGGUAGAGGUGUUUCCGCGCGGGUCGUCGUCGCUUAAGCAGCGUCUCAGUGCGACGAAAAUAUUCUCAUCACUUGACAUAUCCGUUUGCGUUUUGUCGCGGCGAUAUCGUGGUGUGACUGUGUUCUGUUCUUCGCCGCGAAGAGGAAUGAAGUUGGACUUUUGUGUUGUAUGGAUCGUCGACAGUGUUGGACCGAGCUGGAAUAAGACGAGAAGUUAUUCACUUCGAACGGUAAAUUAAGAACUGGAGGCGGAUACAACACGAAAAAAUUGGUUAUUUUUAUAAGGAUUAGGAAUUAAUAAUGAAUACUUACAUAUAUUUUUGGAGAGCGUACUUAGUAUUUCAGUUUAUGACAAUUAAAUUCCGGCAAUCAAAUUUACCUCUUCGACGAUAACAAUCAUAAUUAUGGGGAAAUUUUGGUGUGUCCUCUCUCACCCUCUCUGAACUAAAACACUGUCUUCCAAUGCAAGAAGAAAUAAUUUAUUUACAGAAAUAAUCGACGCUUUAUGGAUAAAUAUAAAGCAUAUACGAAAACAAAUUUACUUCCAUGAAAGUCGUCUUAUCUCAGACCUAAUCUGUUAUUACUUUGCUCGUAUAAGUAUGGUAAUUAUUUUAAAUUCUAUCAUGGUUAUGAAUACAAAUCGUAACAAUUACAAAUUGGAUUCGCCGUCCUACCACAAAGAUCUAUACAACAAUAGCGGAAGUAACAAUUACCAUCAUUACAACAAUCAACAGCAACAACCAUCCAUGAAUUAUAACAGCUGGUACUGUGAUAAUUCUACCCAACACAGCGUACCACAGUACGAAGAAUCCCAGCCCGGAAACAAGGAGCGCAGUCCGCCAUGUUGUGGAUGCUUUCCUUUUGAAUCGUGUGUAGGCUCUGAAUCCGCCGAGCACGGCUCGACUCCCUGCAACAACGACGGAAGUCACUCGACUUCGAACGGGGUCUACGGAACCUCGGCCAGCGGUGAUGACGACGAUGACGGCUUCGUACCGCGCUCUAGCGGCGGUUAUCGGUACCAUCAUAGUGUAGUGAACGUUACCGGAAAUGCUACCAGUACCAACAUACUUCGAAAUACGUCGUCUUCCGGUAGCGACAGUGGUGAUAGGACGUGUUGUGUUUCGUCGUGGUGUUCAGGGCAGCGGGAUGCGACCCCAGGUACCACUACAACCACGGAGGAUAGUUGCUGUUCCGGUUGGUGCAAGCCGACGAUAUUGCUCCUGCUACUAGCGCUCCUGGUGGUCGUCUUUGUACUCAUAUCUGGGAUUCUUCUCUACUUCAAUUAUAUAACGUACAAACCUCGACCACCCAUCAUUGAAGGUAAGGGAACCUAAGCGACUGUUUUCCUCAACAGCAUUCAGCAGUUGAUGUUUGUAAUCGAGACGCAGUGUUCUCUUUGAGAAUCAACGUAAUGAAUUAUCUCGAACCGUUGGACGUAUCUUUAAA